AUGAAAUUGACAAGUUUAUUAGGCGGACGUCGUCGUAGUGAACCUAAACACCUUUUAGGAAUAAAACUUUUUACAAUGAUUAUGCUCAUAGCUUGUUUGACAGGUUAUCUCGCUGUUUUAAUAAUUGAUGUAAACCAAGGUGCUUCAAUUAUUGUCACUUCUUAUUUUAAUGUUGACGGCGUUCGACCUCCAAAUUUGCAUUUUAGUGGUGUUUAUAAUGCCAGUAUCACUGGAUGUGUUGAAGCUCGUAUGGUGAAUAAAGCGUUUGUUCCAGUAGAUUGCUUAGGAGACAUGAAACAAUCAUAUGAUGAGAAAUCAAAAAAAUUUUUGAUAGAUUAUCAACCAUCAAAGGAUGUUUUUUUUAGUAAGGGUUCAUUAUAUAAUAUAGUUCUGUUCUUUCUUGUUUAUGAAGAAAUUACACUUGAAAAACCGUGGGAGAUGUUUUUAGCGGCUUAUGAUUCAGAACGAGACUUUUACUAUCAAAAUCCAAGUGAUGAUGUUGAUGAUAUGAUUUUUGCAAUGAACACAUAUAAUAUAGCGCCAAACCAGGACUACAGAUUUACGUAUUCAAAUAUAAUUAGAGAAGCUAUAGUACCAAGUUGGAUGAAUGAUUUUGGAGUUCCUCCAACAUAUGAACAAAAACCAUAUAUCACAUCCAAUUUAGUUGGAGGCCCAUUACAAAACAAAAAUUCGGAUGGUAUGCUACAAUUUAUUAUACAACCUAAGUAUAUCAAUACUAUUCAAUUAAAUAGAGAAGUUAGAACACGUACAUACUUAGGUAGUUUGGGUCUAAUAGGUGGUGCGUGGGGAUUAGCGGCAGCAAUUUAUACAUUUCUUUUUGGCGCGAAAACCUUACAACCAUGGGGAGUCGUACAAUCGUACUGCUGCGGAUUUUCUCGUUUGACACAAAAGAAGCUUAAAAAUUCCCUACCAAUUGUUCCAUUUUCCGAUGAUCAUAAUACUAAAGGCCAUCAAAUAAAUUCUCUUUCUUUAGCCGAACAAAAUAAAUUAUUACUAUCGAGACUUAAUAAUUUAGAAUCAUUUUUACAGGAAUAUGUUGUUGAUGUCAAAUAUUUAGAUAGAAUUCGUGAUAAUAUGAACACAGCGAAUAAUACGGGAGAUAAUCAAAAUACGAAUUCAGAAUCUUCUACGCUUGGAACCAUAUCAUCACAUCAAUAAAAUGAAAAUUUACAAUCAAAUAUAACUUAUGCUACCGAUACAGCACAUGAUGAACAACUCAACAAUAGCGAUAGUAUAAUAUAUUAGUAAUUUAUUAUUUAAUAUUGUAUAGCACUUUUUUUGAUAAUUGUACGUGUUAUUUUUUUUUUUAA